CACAUCUCUAUCGCCCGGCCUUCCACAUCUGCCCAAUGAAUCAGGAGCGGAUGCGAUGUAUCCUUUUUCAGUGGAGUGAAUGGCCAAUGGGAGUUGGCUUGUGGAGCAAACACUGAGCCCUGCGUUCCCAUUCAUUCAGUGCUGAACAGCCCCGCGAGCAGGAGCGCGUGCAUCGCAGUCUGUGACCCAAAGACGAGCGCAGACUCCAUAAGUAACAACCAGAACCGAACCCUUCGCAGACACUGGAAGAGGAGAAAGGCUUGGAUAUAAGCUCGUGUUUCGUUUCGUUUCCUCCAAAACCAUUUUUUGGUAUUUUACUACAAUUCCUGCAGGACUUCUGUAACUAGGUUGCCUACACAUCGGCCUCCCAAGUGCGCAGCAGUUCCUUUCCUCCAUCUGAGCUCCACCGUGGAUUUACUUUGUUUUAUCCUGGGACGAAUGCAUGCGUAAACCCGCGCUGAACUUCUCCAGGAAAAGGGAAUAACGCAAAGGGAUACACUUGGAUUAACAGACUGUGAAUGUUAUGCAUCAGACUUUAUAGCCUACGCUUGGACAUUGCCCCUUGCUUUUGGAUGGAGUUUUGGUUGGCAGUUGUUUGAUGGAUUCGACGUUAUGGAUGGUUGCAUAUAGGUUUUCCGAUGCAUGCCAAGUCCACGGUGAAUGUCGGAAGUGGUGAUCCCCCCAGAUGGAGCUCCAAAGUCAACAUGGCCCCGGCGGUUCAUUAGUGGUGAUCCAGCAGCCUUCCCUAGAGAGCCGGCAGAGGUCGGAUUACGAGCGGGAGCUCCAGCAUGCCGCCAUUCUCUCCCUGGACCAAAUCAAGGCCAUCCGCUCCAACAACGAGUAUACCGAGGGGCCCUCAGUGGUACGGAGGCCCCCUGCACCCCGCAUGGCCCCCAGGCCCCAGGACAAGCAGGAGAGAACUCACGAGGUCAUCCUCGUCAAUGUGAACAACAAUUAUGAGCACCGACCAUCAGGUCACCACCAUCAUGUCGGGGGCGGCAUGGUGGUUGGGGCUGGGGGACAGCAGUACGGCGGGUCCCGGGCUCCGGUGCUCAGCCGCUCCACUAGCACAGGAAGUGCCGCCAGUUCAGGGAGCAACAGCAGUGCCUCCUCUGAACAGGGACUCUUGGCACGCUCGCCCCCCACCAGGCCCGGCAUGAGCUUACAGCACCACCACAGAGCGGAGCGGCCUGUUCGGACUCAGCCUAAGCCCAAGGCCCUUUCACAGCCCUCGCAGGGACCUCAUUUCCACCAGCCUCCACUAGAGGCUCCACUCAAGCCACAGGGCAAAGGGAAAUCAGACAUUUCUAGCUCUGGCAACGGGGUGGUGGCUGCUGCCGGGCACCAGUUCAUCUGUGAGCGCUGUGGGAAGUGCAAGUGUAGUGACUGUACGGCUCCUAGGAGCCUGCCUUCGUGUCUUGCGUGCAAUGGCCAGUGCCUCUGUUCUGCAGAGAGCGCGCUGGAGCAUGGCACGUGCAUGUGCCUGGUUAAGGGCAUCUUCUACCACUGCUCCAACGACGAUGAGGGGGACUCUUGUGCUGACCAGCCCUGCUCGCUGUCACGCUCCCACUGCUGCUCUCGUUUCCUCUGCAUGGGAUUAAUGUCGGUACUCUUUCCCUGUCUGCUAUGCUACCCACCUGUUAAGGGGUGUCUGAAGGCGUGCCAGGGCUGCUACGACCAGGUCAACAGGCCCGGCUGUCGCUGCAAGAACUCCAACACUGUCUAUUGCAAACUGGAGAGCUGGGCCCCACAGACCCAGGAAAAACCCUCCUGAUCGCCCCUGUGUGUUUGUGAUUGCGUGGGAGACUCUUUAUGUGGAUCUUAUGAUGAUAAUGAUGAUGAUAGUCACAAAUUAAUGUUUAUCAAACAUUCUAAGCACCUCCGACCAGCCUCCCCUCCUCCCUGCGGAACUAAGGAGCUAAGCAAAGGAGUAACGAAAACCACUCAAUUAUUUUUAUUUUCUCUGGAUCAGGACCAUGUUUUUACAGACCAGUGUUUGCCUUAACUGUUUCUAUGUCUGUCCUCAGCUCCUCAUUAACACUUUUUUUCAUAUAUAUAUAAAUAUAUAUAUAUAUAUAUAU